AGCAAAGCUUCGGUAUAAAAACAAGAGUAGUUCACGUUUCAAGCAUAUUGGUUAUUUGGUAUACUUCGAAGAGCUAACAUGAAAGGCUUGAUCGUCUUACUACUAGCUGUUGCUGCAGCUUCGGCUAUCCCCAUCGAUGAGGAUAGACAAUCUGGCGAAGGUGGCUGGUAUGUGCCACAAUUGGAUGGAUCCUUCGAAUGGAUGACCGUUGAACAAGUCGAAGCCAUGCGUCAAGCACCAAGUGGUCGUGCCGCUACUGUAGUCUAUUUCCAUUUGUACACCAAGGAGAACCCCACCACACCAGACACAAUAAUUUCGGGAGAUGCCGCUUCCUUGACUGCGUCUCACUUCAACAACGCAAAUCCAACCAAAUUUAUAAUUCACGGUUGGAAAUCGGAUUCUAAUACCGAUCUUAACAGAUUGAUCCGUGACGCUUAUUUGGCAAGUGGUAAAUACAACAUUUUCUCGAUUGACUGGAGCGACAAAGCACAAUCAUUCAAUUAUGCUGCAUGUGCAUUGCGUGUGUCUGGUGUUGGUAAACAAGUAGCUAACUUCAUCGAUUUCUUGUACCAGGAAGGUGGUUUGUCUUUCGAAAAUGUACAUAUUAUCGGUCACAGUUUGGGUGCUCAUGUAUCCGGAAUAGCGGCCAAGAAUGUACGUUACGGACGUAUCCAGCAAAUUACCGGUUUAGAUCCUGCCCUGCCUAUGUACAGUUACGAUAAACCCGCUGAACGCUUAAACCAAAACGACGCCUACUACGUGGAGUCCAUUCAAACUUGCGGUGGUCUUUUGGGCUUCUUGAAACCAAUUGGUAAAUCUGCCUUCUACCCCAAUGGAGGUAAAAGCCAACCCGGUUGUGGUCUCGAUCUUGCCGGAUCAUGCGCUCAUUCGCGUUCGUGGAUGUACUAUGCUGAAGCUAUCCAAAAGAAUAAUUUCCCAGCUAUGAAGUGUGCUGAUUAUGAGAAUGCUGUAGAAAAGUCUUGUGGUAAGACCUAUUCUUCGGUACGCAUGGCUGCCCCCACAAACUUUGUCAACGCCAAUGGUCAAUUCUAUGUUCCAGUGAACAAGAAGGCUCCCUAUGGCAAGGGUAAAAAGUGAUUAUCUUAUAUUCAGAUGUAAUUUAUAUUAGUUUGAAUAAAAAUAUUUAAAAAAUCAA